AUGACCCGCUGGAUUCCAACUAAGAAAGAGAAGUAUGGUGUCGCCAUCUAUAAUUAUGAUGCAAGAAGUGAGCAGGAGCUAUGUCUACAGGUGGGAGACACAGUACACAUACUUGAGACGUUUGAAGGGUGGUACAGAGGUUAUACACUACGGCAAAAAUCACAAAAGGGCAUUUUCCCGGCAUCUUACAUCCACUUGAAAGAGGCUAAAGUUGAGGGAAUUGGCCAAAAUGAGACUGUUAUACCCACGGAUUUACCCCUGGUACAGGAACUCAGUGCUACGCUGCGAGAAUGGGCCCAGAUAUGGCACAAGCUUUACGUGAACAACAAGACCACGUUGUUCCGGAAUGUUCAGCAAAUGGCUUACAGCCUCAUCGAGUACCGCUCACAAAUUGUGUCAGGAACGCUUCCCAAAGAUGACCUUGUGGAGCUCAAGAAGAAAGUCACUGCCAAAAUCGAUUAUGGAAACCGGAUCCUUGGCCUAGACCUGGUAGUUCGCGAUGAAGCGGGAAACACUUUAGACCCAGAAUGCACCAGCACAGUAAGCCUGUUCAGAGCCCACGAAUCCGCGUCUCGUAGCAUAGAUGAAAGGAUCCAGGAGGAAAAAACUCGACUUCAGAACCUGGAGAUGAGACGUCAGACUUUGUUCAGCACGGUGCACACUUACAGUCUCCUCAUGAACCUGAGGAACUUUGUGUGUAACAUUGGGGAGGAUGCCGAACUGCUCAUGUCCCUGUAUGAUCCCGACCAAUCCGAGUUCAUCAGUGAGAAUUUCCUGGUGAGAUGGGAUAGCACGGGAAUGCCUAAGGAGAUUGAGAAACUCAAUAACCUGCCUGCCCUCUUCACGGACUUAAGCAGUAGUGACCUCAUAAGGCCGCGCCUGUUCCUUGUGUGCCAGAUUAUUCGAGUAGGCUGCAUGGAGCUCAAGGAGGGCAAGAAACACACUGGAGGGCUUAGACGGCCAUUUGGAGUGGCAGUGAUGGACAUCACAGACAUUGCCCACGGGAAAGCAGACGAUGAUGAUAAGCAGCAUUUUAUACCCUUCCAGCAGAUUGCCAUGGAAACGUACAUCCGACAGAGACAGCUGAUAAUGUCUCCUCUGAUCCCAUCGCGUGUCAUCGGGGAGAACGAGCCCCUCACUGCCGUUUUCAACAAGGUCAUCGCUACUCGGGAGGUCAACCAUAAAGGCCAGGGACUCUUUGUGACGCUGAAACUUCUUCCUGGAGACCUGGCCCAGGUUGAAAAGGACUAUCCCCACUUGGUUGAUCGCUCAACUGCUAUUGUCAGGAAAAUGGGCUUUCCUGAAAUCAUCUUACCAGGAAACGUCAGGAAUGACAUCUACGUGACGCUUGUUCAGGGCGAGUUUGACCGCGGCAAAAAGAAAACCCCUAAAAACGUGGAAGUCAUGAUGAGCGUGCUGGAUGAUGAGGGCAAUGUGAUGGAGAAAGCCAUAUUUCCUGGAGCUGGCUAUGACGGGAUCACGGAGUACAAGUCAGUUAUAUACUACCAAGUCAAGCAGCCCUGCUGGAAUGAAACAAUCAAGGUGGCCAUUCCAAUUGAAGAUGUGUGUCGUUGUCAUCUCAGAUUCAUGUUUAGACACAGAUCCUCACAGGAUUCCAGAGACAAGUCGGAAAAGCCGUUUGGCAUGGCUUUUAUUCGGCUGAUGAAGUCUGAUGGUACUACGCUUCGAGAUGGCAAACAUGCCCUCAUCGUAUACAAGGUAGAUACAAAGAAGACAGAGGAUGAAAAAACCUAUUUGACAUUGCCAGGUUCUUACGUAGAGGUUGAAGAGAGGGAACGUCAGACUGGAAAACAGUUUCAUCAUUCUGGUGUCAUUCCUGUUACCAAAGACAGUUUUGAGAUCGCCAGCCUUACUUGCUCAACCAAGCUCACUCAGAAUGUUGAUCUGUUAGGGCUUCUCAAUUGGCGGUCUAACCCAGAAAGACUUGAAGAGAUCUUACAGCGCCUGAUGGAAGUGGACGGCGGAGAGAUUGUUAAGUUUCUCCAGGACACUCUCGAUGCCCUCUUCAACAUAAUGAUGGACACUUCAGAGAAGGACACUUACGAUACUCUGGUGUUUAAUGCAUUGGUAUUCAUCAUCUCUUUGAUUGGAGACAUAAAGUUCCAGCAUUUCAACCCGGUUUUGGAGACCUACAUCAACAAACACUUCAGCGCUACUUUGGCUUACACGAAGCUGACCAAGGUAUUAAAUAACUAUGUUGGUCACGCAGAGGAUCCAGGUCUGACCGAGAGGCUCUAUGCUGCCCUGAAAGCCUUCAAGUACCUCUUCCGCUUCAUAGUUCAGUCCCGGGUGCUCUAUCUCAGGUUUUAUGGGACAAGUGAGGACGGGGACGAAUUUUUCAACUCCAUUCGUUCACUCUUUCUGUCGUUCAACACUCUGAUGGACAGACCUCUGGAUGAAGGUGUGAAGAUAAAGGGGGCCAUACUAAAAUACCUCCCCACCAUCAUUAAUGACCUCCAGAAUGUUUUUGACCCUGUGGAACUGAGCGUGCUCCUGACUAAAUUUAUCGAGAGCAUUCCCGACUCUCAGUUGGUACGUCAAAAGCUGGGCUGUAUGGUAAAGAUGGUGGAGAGUGACCUUUUUAGACAGCCAGAUUGUCGGGAUGUCCUCCUUCCUCUACUCGCCGACCAACUGAGCGGCCAGCUUGACGACCACUCUAACAAGCCGGACUAUGAGGCCUGCGUUCAGCUGCUUAGCACCGUGCUGGAUGUGCUUGACCGCAAAGAUGUGGGUCCCACCGGAAAUCAUGUACAGCUGAUUAUGGAGCGUCUGCUGCGUCGCGUCAACCGUACCGUCAUCAGCAUGGACCGAAGUUCUCCACUCAUAGGUCAUUACCUGGCAUGCAUGACAGCCAUCCUGAAACAAAUGGAGGACUCUCACUACACACAUUACAUUAGUACCUUUAAAACCAGACAGGACAUUAUAGAUUUCCUAAUGGAAACGUUCAUCAUGUUUAAAGACUUGAUGGGUGACGUCUUUCCGUCUGAUUGGAUGACCAUGAACCUGCUGCAGAUGAAGGUGUUUUUACGCGCCAUAGAAAAGUACUCUGACGUCCUAAACCAGUACUUUCUUAACGAAGCUCAUUUUCAGCUGCAGCUCUGGAACAACUACUUUCAUCUAAUAGUUGCAUUCAUAACCCACAAGUCCUUGCAGCUGGAAUCGUUCUCUCUGGAGAAGCGCAAUAAAAUUCUCAACAAGUACGGGGACAUGAGAAAAAGUAUUGGUUUCAAGCUCAGGGAUAUGUGGUACAAUCUUGCGCAACACAAGAUGAAGUUCAUCCCUGAUAUGGUGGGGCCCAUCCUGGAGGCGACGCUGGUGCCGGAGCCCGAGCUGAGAAAGGCCCUCAUCCCCAUCUUCUUUGACAUGAUGCAGUGUGAACAGCACACGAGUACCAUCCACACCUUCCAAAAGUUUGAACAUGAAUUAAUCACCAAGCUGGAUCAAGCGGUGGAGGGUGGCAGAGGAGAUGAGCAGUACAAAAUUCUGCUUGAGAAAAUCCUUCUGGAGCACUGCAGGCGGCACCGGUACCUGGCCCAGUCUGGGGAGGAACUGGCCCUGUUGCUGAGCAGUCUCCUGGAGAACCUGCUGGCUUACCGCACCAUCACACACGACGAAAGCCCUGAGCUACGUAUGGGCUGCACCGUCAACGUGCUGAACUUUUAUAAAGAGAAAAAGAGGGAGGACAUCUACAUUCGGUACUUGUAUAAGCUGCGUGACUUACACCUGGACUGUGAGAACUACACGGAGGCUGCGUACACCCUGCUGCUUCACGCUGAGCUACUUGAGUGGUCUGAUAAACCAUGUGCACUCCAUCUCAUCCCUCACAAUGGUUCGCAUGUCUGGACCCAACAAGAGCUGAAAGAGAGGCUCUUUCAAGAAAUCAUGUGUUACCUGGACAAGGGCAAAAUGUGGGAGAAGGCCAUUGAAAUGGGGAAACAGCUGGCCAAGAUGCACGAGAACCAGAUGUUUGACUUUUUGGAACUCAGCCAGCUGCUGAAACAGCAGACGCAGUACUAUGAGAACAUCAUGCAUGCCAUGAGGCCUCAGCCAGAGUACUUUGCAGUGGGCUAUUAUGGCCAGGGCUUCCCAUCUUUUCUCCGGAACAAAGUCUUUAUCUACCGUGGUAAAGAGUACGAGUGGUUGGAGGACUUCAGUCUCAAGUUGCUGUCGCAGUUUCCGAAUGCAGUGAAGAUGACCAGUACAGCGCCCCCUGGUGACAAUAUCUGCAACUCACCAGGCCAGCAUAUUCAGUGUUUCACAGUCAAGCCUGUACUUAACUUGCCUCAGAAAUUCAAAGAUAAAGGAGUUCCAGAACAAAUCUUGAAUUACUACAGAACUAAUGAAGUAGAUCAGUUUCAGUACUCCAGACCGUUCCGGAAAGGAGAAAAGGACCCUGACAAUGAAUUUGCUACCAUGUGGAUUGAGAGGACGACCUACGUCACCGCCUAUCGCUUUCCAGGGAUCUUGAAGUGGUUCGAAGUCAAGUCUAUAUCCGUGGAUGAGAUCAGCCCACUUGAGAACGCCAUAGAAACCAUGGAGCUGGCCAAUGAGAAGCUGAGUAACUUGGUACAGCAGCAGGCAUGCGAUCGCUCCCUUCCUGUCCACCCACUCUCCAUGAUGCUCAACGGUAUUGUGGACCCUGCUGUCAUGGGUGGCUUCUCCAAUUAUGAGAAGGCAUUCUUCACAGAAGACUACAUGCAGAAACAUCCGGAAGAUCACGAGCGAAUUGAAGUUCUCAAGCACCUUAUCGCCCUACAGAUCCCGCUGCUCGACGACGGGAUCCGAAUCCACGGGGAAAAGGCCACGGAGCAGCUGAAGCCUCUGCAUAACCGUUUAGUCACGUGCUUCCAGGACCUGCGGGAGAAAGUGGAGAAGCACUACGGGGUUAUUACUCUGCCGUGCUCUCUAACGGAGCGGAAGAAGAGUCGUGUUGGCUCAGUGGUCAUGCCCUACAUCAUGUCCUCCACUCUGAGACGCAUGUCCACCAUCUCCACCCUGUCCAACGCCUCCUCAGGCCUGUCCAGCGGUUCGGGCUCCUCCGACGGCGCUCCGUCACGACCUGCGUCCCAAGAUUCUCUGCUCUCCCGUUUGAAUGACAAGAGGGCAUCAGUUCUAUCGCGGUCUGAAGAGGAUAACGGCAUUAGCAGGAAGAACAGGAAAGAAUGGAGCAUAAGCAAGUCUCAGGUCCUGCUGGAGAGAGUGACAGACACAGAUGAGACGCCUCCGGAGAAGCAUCAGAGGCCCAAAAGCCUGCAGUUUGGGGACAGGCGUCUACCGCUGUCUCUGUUCCAUGGCGAGUCUGGCCAACUUAGUCUCUCAGCCCCUCUGAGUCCGCUGCCUGCCUCUCCGCACACUCCACGUAGCGCCAGUUACACAUCCCUCCCUAGCGACAAUGACAUCGUGGCUGACAACGCAGGAAUACCCCCGCCCAUGCCUCCCAAAAAACACCCACACGAAAACGAUUACAUUCACAACGAGUUAAUUCCUCCUCUGCCAGUGAAAGUGGAGAGCAAACCCCCUCCGCCUCCACCCAAAACACGGAAGUCCAUGUUUCCUUCGUACGAACAUGGUCCACAGUGAGGAUUCUCCAGGGCUUUAUGCUUCAGCCGCGUACCCAGGUCUUCCUGCUUCUCUGUGCCAGUGUGAAUCUUCCAAGACAAGACGAGGCUUUUGGUUGCAACGAUCAAUUUGUGAACGUA